AUGUUCAAGUCCUGUCAAGGCGAUGGCAGCGGCGAAUUCUUUUACAGCCCGGGAAUGUGCCCUGGAAAUAUGCAGAUCAAUGUCAUGGAGUCUGAUGGAGAUCAUUUCACAGAGUUUUGUUGCCAAAGUGGGUUCAGCUGGGACCCUCGAGGCUGUGCGUCACUGAUGACCACCGGCAGUACAGCUGUCCCUAUUCUCCCUGUAACACAAUCCUUCACGACCACAAUCACUGUAACCGGCUUUGUGGCCGUUCAUAGCCCCGUCGUCGUUCUCUGGGCUUCUUCAGAUUUAAGUCUAUUCCCGGCCGACGUAGCCUCCAGACGAUCCGCCCUGUUUCCGACUUCCAAUACUACCUCGAACACUAAUAUAAAUUCGAUCGACUUGACUAACUCGACGGACUCGACGAGUUCCAAGACAGGUACAGGCCUGAGCCAACCGGCUAGGAUAGGAAUUGGCCUUGGUGUCGCCUUGGGCAGCAUUACCAUAUUCAUAGUUGUUUCAGCGUGGUUAUUCAAAGUGAGACGAAGAAGAAAGCGGCUCCUCAUGCAACCGCGCAAUAAUGCAGGAGAACUAGACGGAACGCAACCACUUUGGAAGCGAUUCUUUGGUCGUGAAUGGAGAUCAGAGCUUGACCAGGAUGGACCGACAGCCGAACUGGCGGCAGACCCGGAACCAGCAGAGUUGGCGACUAGCCAAGUGCCAGCAGAGCUACCAGGUUCCUACCGUUAUCGUGAGCCUGCGACCGGAGCUGCUGAGAACAAACCUGGCGAGGGAAAAGUCAAAGAGAAGCAAGGCGACGAGAGGAAAGUUGAUGAGCGAGCCAAUGAAAAGAAGGACCAUGAAAGGUCUGCAUACUGA